AUGGCAAGUCAAUCUCCCUCUCGUGGGGAAGAGGGCGUUCAGCAGCAGGAGCCUUCGAGAGCUGCUGGGCUGUGCGCAGUCCAGCCGACAAGUGAGCACACGAGAGGCAACUCUGCGCAUGGUCCUCACUCUGUUGGAUGCGUGAUCUUUUCUCAGGUGCUUCCAGUCAGCUUCGCAGCAACCACGAUGCUGCCCUGCCUGAGCCGCCACGGAUCAGUGGGGGCACACCAGUGACUGAAGAUAUGAUACAGACAGCUGUUGCCACGAUCGCCGUCACAGGCGUGCCACUGAGCAGCAAUGCACCUGGGCACAACACGUCACAGGUAUGUGGACAAGUGAGCGGGCACGCAAAGAUACGUGUGGCGCUUGAUACCUGUCUGCCUGCUGGUUCCACCCAGGGCUCUCUCCAUCAUUUUUCAUCAACAGGACCGUCAUCGAUCGACCAUGAUCCGCCAUUCCCCUACCCACAGCCACCAGCCGCCGCUCUUCCUCACCCCUCGCAGCCACCAAUCCACCCGUAUUACCUACUCCCGCACCACGCCCUCGUCCAUUGCCCCGUGGAUGGCGUACCUGCUGUGUCGCCGGAUGCGACGGCCGGGUCGGCACGCCGGCGUGCGUCAUCCCUCCCGUACUCUUCUCGAUCAAGGGAAUUCACGAUCGACGAGAGAGAGAGGCUUGUGGACGAGUUCGAGACGCGCAGGGCAGCGGGAGAGGCCCUCACGCAGCAGGCAUUUGCACUCGAGAAGGGCAUCACACUCAGCCAGCUGAAGCACUGGCUGGUCAAGGUGGGACAGGAGACUGAAGCAGCCGACAAGACAAAGAAGCGCAACAGGCCACCGAGGUAUGGGCCGAUCGAGGCCGAGAUGCGUCAAUGGAUGCUAACCCAGCAACAGCCUAUGCAAGUCCCGUGCGAGGCAAUCCGCCGCAGAGCGCUGGAGAUCGCUCGUCGCCUGGGCAUCAACGACUUCAAGGCGAGCAACAGCUGGAUCACAGGCCUCAAGGAACGCUACCAACAGGUGGGACAGAGAUCGAGCAGGCGGGGCAUGAGCGUAUGCGCAAUCCAUCGCAUGUCUGUUGCGUUGCCCGAUUCAGGGUAUCACUUUCGUCCCCGAACUGUCUCCUGCUGCUUCUGUCGCUGCUGCUGCUGCUGCUCCUGACACCGAUGACGUGAUGGUGAGGGAAGACUACAUGAAAGGCGCACUCACCUCGGAUUUGCGUGUGGUCUAG